AUGCCCAGGCGUCGGUGCUUCCCCCACCAGCUGGCGGGGCAAGGAUGUGGGUGGAAAUUGCUUGUGUCCUCUGAGGUGGACGAUGCGCAGGCUGGCUUGAUGAUGCAAGAGGCGGUGCAGAGAGAGGCCUGCGCUCCGGCCUCCCAGCUGUGGCAAGAGCACAUCUGCGCAGGGCUGUUGACAAAGAUAGCUACGUGACUCCCAGGGGGGCGGCUGAGAGAGAGGCCUGAUGCUGCGUGGAGGCGGGAGUCACAGAGGAAAUUCCCCUCCUUGUGAUUACAGAACAACUUCCUGCCCUGGGGCUGGGCUGGCUGGAGUCAGCUUCCGAGGCAGAACAGAGCAGAGCAGAGCGGCACAAAUUGCAAUGGCAGUGAGGAGCUACUCUUCGGGGUCAGAGCUGGCGAACUCAGGGGCUUAUCUCGGGGCCCGGGCUCAGCCCCUGGCUGCCCAGGGGAGGCAGGGGAGGGUGUGCCUCUGCCCACGCUCGAGGCACCAGCAGUGGGCAGGUGCCAAGGAGGAGACCCCGUUGCUGGCUGCCGUGCUCAAGAGCAACCACUUUCUGACAGCAGGAGCCAAGUAAGUCUCCGCCGGAAAUGAUGAAAUGCAGGAUUUGAACUCAGAGUUGGUAGGAGAUAAAAGCCGACUAGCUGGACCAGGCGCUGGGUUUGGUUGGUUCAGUGCACUGCCUCUGACUGUGGUCAGCUAGACGCCUCUGGAAACCUUCCCAGUACAGUGGACGCUCGGGUUGCGAACAUGAUCCGUGCGGGAUGCACGUUCGCAACCCACAGCAUCUGCAACCCUCAGCAACACAUCUGUGCAUGUGCGGGUUGCAAUUUGGUGCUUCGGCACAUGCGCAAAGUGCAAUUUAGUGCUUCUGUGCAUGCAUGGCAGCCGAAACCCAGAAGUAACCCGUUCCGGUACUUCCGGGUUUCGGUGGUCCAUAACCUGAAAAACCACAACCUGAAGCAUCUGUAACCCGAGGUAUGACUGUAGUGCUCCUGUUGCCCAUUGGCUCUAAGCAUCUGAUAUUGAAAGAUACACUGCCUCUGAAUGUGGAGGAUUGAUUUAGCGGUCACGGGUGAGAACCACAGACUAGGGUUGGGCGAUAUAUUGAUAUAUCCUCCAAAACCAAUUUGCAGUCCUUGGCAUAGAACAAGUGGAAAUGUGGACAAGCCCAAAGAGGUGACAUGGUUGUUGUUGUUUAGUCAUUUAGUCGUGUCUGACUCUUCGUGACCCCAUGGACCAGGUUUAUAAAAUGACACCUGGCAUGAUGAAGGUGGCUCAGGUGGUUAGAACGUGGUGUUAAAAAUGCCAAGGUUGUGGGUUUGAUCCCCGUAUGGGCCAGCUGCAUAUUCCUGCAUUGCAGGGGUUUGGGUAGAGGCCCCUCAAGGUCCCUUCCAACCCUGCAAUUCUCUGAUUCCAUGGUGAAAGUGGAUAGAGAGAAGUUUUUCUCCCUCUCUCAUAACACUAGAACUCGUGGACAUCUAAUGAAGCUGCUGAAAGAUUUGGUACAGAGGAAAGAAAGUCCUUCUUCACGCUGUGCAUAGUUAAACUGUGGAACUCCCUCCCACAGGAGACAGUGAUGGCCAACAACCUGGAUGGCUUUAAAAGAGAAUUAGGCAAAUUCAUGGACGAGGAGAAGGCUCUUGAAGGCUACUAGCUAUGGUAGCUAUGCUCUGGCUCCACAGUCAGAGGCAAUAAUGCUUCUGAAUACCAGUUUCUGGAAACAGCAGGAGGAAAGAAGGCUCUUGGGCUCGAGUCCUGCUUGCUGCUUGCUUCUCUAUGGAGCAUCUGGUUGGCCACUGUGAGAACAGGAUGCUGGAAUAGCUGGGCCAUAGGCCUGAUCCACCAGGCUUUUCUGAGGUUCCUGUUGUUCUUUGUCUCUUGCAUCUGGUGUCCAAAGAUACACUUCCUCUGAACAUGGAGGUUUGAUUUAGUUGUCGCGUCUGAUCGCCACUGGCUGGGUUCUCCAUGGUAUUAAAACUGCCCUUUUAAAGCAAGAAUGGAGGAUCCCUGUUGGGCUUGUCUUUGCAUUUGGUUUCUGAUUCAGAAGCAUCCCCACCUAAAGUUAUAGGCAGCAGUGCUUUGAUGGGGUCACGGGGGUGGGGCAUGUCUGUUCGGCUCACUUAUGCCUGGCAUAAAGAGGUCCAGCAGGUUUCUGCAUGGUUUCAAAAACCUGCUGUACGUGGUUUGACCCUAGGCAAAAGGAAGGUGUAAUGAAUUUGUGUUGCACUCUGGGGUGUGAAAUCCCAUUCUGUUUUCUUCAGACUGAGAACAGGGAGCUGCCAGCUCCUGGUUGCCUCGUAGAAGCUUCUCAGUGCCAGCAAACUGGAAGAGUUUUGCAGCUUCUGAUUCUAUUUCCAGAUCAGCGGCUACCACUUGCCAGCACGUGCCAGCGAAGGUCACCUUUCAUUGUCCUUGGUGGAGAAAGAAAGGCAAGCUUGGGCUCCUUUUGUCAACAUCCUGUCUCGUAUUAUUAGGAUCACUGGUCCUGGGCAAGGUGGAAUUCUGAAGGAAAUGGGAACAGGAGCAGAAAAUGGCCAGUGUCUGCUUGUUUGUUCCUUGUGUGGGACAGAAAUCAGUCCAGUGAAUGCUAUCCACAUUCACUGUUGUGGCUUUCAGUCUUCAAACGAUAUGUAAUUGGUGGUGUUCCUCUCCCCUGUUUGCAUUGGAUUUCCUUUGCAUCAAAACAAAUAGUGCUGAUUGAUUGAUUGAUUGAUUGAUUGAUUAACCUACUAUAUAUUUUGGAAAGCAGUUUGUCUGCCUGCCUGCCUGCCUGCUCUCUAUGUUUUUGGACAUGUCUUGGGAUAAUGUUUCACCAGUGUGGCAUGAUAGUGUCUGAGAUAGAGGAGCAUUUUUUCCAUCUAUGUUUGAAUACCACCUGAUGCCGUUUUGAAUUGCGAUACUGUUGUUGUUGUAGUAGUAGUAGUAGUAGUAGUAGUAGUAGUUGACCUUUCCCCCCAAGGAGCUCAAGGUACCAUGCAUGAUUCUUCCCUCCUCAUUCCAAAAGGAAGCCAAGACUCAUUUUGGGUAGGUGUCCCACAUUAAACCUCAUUUAAACUUUAAACCUUUAAGAGGAAGUCCAGCCAUCAGAGUCCAUGGAUUGGGAGCAGACCCUUUUCCAUUCACAGCACCUGGUUUUGACUGUGCUUCUUUUUAAAUGCUGAUUUUCCUUGGUAGGUUUUUGGAAAUCCAAUUGAAACCCCAAAUGGCUGGGCCUGAUGGGUUCUUUUCUGCAUUAACCCCCAAGGCAGACUCUGAAAAGGGAAGUGACUAGGUUUGGUUCCUCUGGUCCAACUUUUCAUACCAAGUGGGCCACAAGAGUACUUUGACACAGAACCUGUGGGCCACACACAGCGUGGGAGGGGGAGUGAGGCCAAAAUUUUAGCUAAGGACCAAACGUGUUCAGGUAUAAUACCAGUCCAUAAUAAGAGAUGGAGAUCUGGGAAGAAAACUGGUCACUGUUGUCAUAAAACUUAUUCGACAAAAGGAAACCCAACAACUGAGAAAGAUGUUGUUACAUAAUUAGAUACGUAACUGGUGAUGUCAAAUUCCAGAGAGUGAGAUGAGUGUCUUGGUUUUUUGCCAGAAGCUGAGCUGCAGUCAAAUGAAAAUGGCAUGUGUGAUGUACAGAGUCUUCCAUGUGACUCUUAAUGGAGGGAGCAUUAAAAUUAGAGGCUUCCCUGCCCCCAGAAGCUUACAAAUUAAAUUGUGUUUGAGAGGGAAGCGGCAAGGCAGAUAAGAAGGAAGGGGAGACAAGAGAGAACUUCAAAUGGCUGCAGUUUCAUGUUUUCAAGCUUCCAUUUUGUUGUGGGCAGCAAUGAAGGGGCCUGAACUGUAGGCCUCACAGGAAAGGUGUUUGUUUGUUUGUUUGUUUGUUUGUUUGUUUGUUUGUUUGUUUGUUUGUUUUUAGUAGGAAGGAACCGAACAUUUACUUGCUUGGAGCUAACUUCUGUGAGCUCAUGAGUGCUUGCAAUCCACUGGAUUCUCAUAGCAUGCACAUAAUUUAUUUAUUGCAUUGACACCCACCACAACCCUGUGAGGUAGGUCAGGCUGAGAGGCAGGGACAGAGCCCAAGCUUCUUGGCUGAUGGGGGGAUUUCAACCCUGGUCUUCUAGUUCCCAGCCUGACACUCUAGCCACUAUGCCACACUGGGUCUCCACACAGCCUUUUGAGAAAUUAUUUUAUCUAAUUUUACAUUGCGAUGUUGUACUGAGCCACUGAUAACCCUCUCCUCCUCCUUGAAUUUGUCCAGUCAUCUUUUAAAGCCAUCCAAGUUGGUGGCCUCCAGUGGUUUCCACAGCUGAGCACAAUAGUCUUUGGUCUGUUCUGAAUAUUCCCAAAAUUCAGCUCCCUUGGAUGUCCACGAAUUCUACAGUUGUUAGAGAGAAAGGAAACCUCUUCUCUAUCCACUUUCUCCAUGCUGGGCAUAAUUUUAUAAACUUCAGUCAGGUUGCCUCUUUUACUUGCAUUUUCUCUGAACUUAAAAACUCCCAAAUGCUGCAACCUAUGUGCAAAUUAGUGUGGUGCGGAGGGGGAGGAGCGGGGAAGGAGGCCAUCCACCAGCAAGGAAGUGUGAGUGGACUUUGCAUGGAAGUGAAAGCGAUAUCCAGCGGAUGCUGGGUGCCAGAUAUCAGGCUACCACAGACCAGUUGCUUCUUGUAGACUUCCAAGCGGCAUCUGGUUGGGCGGCGCUUUUGCUCAGAUCUAACAGGGCUGCCCUUAUUCCCUGUGGCUGUUAGGAAUGGACCUGCCAUGUUCAGAGGAAGUCUAUCCCUGAACACCACUUUCUUCAGGUAGGUGUGGUGGCUUUUGCUUCCAUUAAUAUUUUUUAAAAAAUAAUAUCUCAAACGACUUAUAUUCAAAAGAAUUUCAGAUCAGCGCAUGGAAAACAGAACUCCGAUACAGCAGGGUAGAGUCUCAGAAUGUUAUACAAACCAGGGGUCUGGUACUGUAGGGAAAAAAUAGGUUGCAACAUUUGGGACUUUUUUUGGUGAGUAAGAGGCAACACGAUAGGCAAAAUUAUGCCUGGCAUGGAGAAAGUGGAUGGAGGAAAGUUUUCCUUCUUCCUCUAACGCUAGACAUUCGAUGAAGCUGAAUGUUGGAAGAUUCAGGACAGAUAAAAGGAACUUCUUUAUGCAGCGCAACGUUAAACUGUGGAACUCACUCCCACAAGAGGCAGAGAUGGGCACCAAUUUGGAUGGCUUUGAAAGGGGAUUUGGCAAGAUCAUUAAGGAGAGGGCUGUCAUUUGCUAAAAGCCACAAUGGCUGUGCUCUGCCUCCACAGAGGCAGCAAUGCCUAUGAAUGCAGAGGGGGAGGUCUCUUGUGCUUGGAUUCUGCUUGCUGAGUGACAGUUUGGCCACUGUGAGAGCAGGAUACUGGACUAGAUGUGCCAUUGGCCUGAUCCAGCAGGCUCUUCUGAUGUUCAAAAAUGGAGAUCCAAUGCAAAAAAAGCCAGAAACUCUAAUCGACAUACGUUAUCAAGUAUAAUCUCACAACAAAAUACAAAGUGUAGGUCAAAUGCAGCGCAAAAGAAAAAGAUCAAGCAAUAUACUGUACCAGGCAAAAGGCAAAGGCAAAAACCAAAUAAGUGCUCAUUCACACUUUAACUUGACCCAUAUUUUGAUUGGAUUGUGUAUCGAUUAAUUCCACUGCGUCUGAGAGCUUUUAUCGCCGUUCCACUGCUGUGCCUUAUGAAAAUCAGAUCUUACCUGCUGAAUCAGAUCUCAUCAGAUGCGUGGAAAAAACUGGAGAGAGAUUUUGCUUACUGAGCUUCUGAUUCAGCGGGUAAGAUUGAAUUUCCACAAGGCACAGCUGCAGAACAUUGAGGAAAGCUUCUGGACUCGGGGGGAUUAAUUGGGAUACAAGGCGAUCAAAAUACGGAGCAAGCAAAAGUGUGGAUGAGCCCUAAAUCUCAGAAUGCUAGGACUGUAGAGUUGGAAGGGGCCUGAAGGUCAUCUAGCCCAACCCCCUGCAAUGCAGCGAAUAAAAAGCAGAUGCUGUACAAAAUAAUAAAAAUAAAACAGUGUACAGGAAUAUUAACAAUAACCUUUCCAAAUAGCACUAUGCUCUCAAUUCUUAUGUUCUUCUGCUCCUUACUCUUAGGUUUGUAUGCUCCUGCUAAAUCCCAGGAAACCCAGAAUAGCCAUUGUUUGGUAGCCAGGCAUGGGUUAAACCCAGCCGGCUCUGCUAUUGGCUCCCCUCUCUCCCUGCUUAGAGUUUGAGCUGGGAAGUUCCGCAAGGGUGAUGUAAUGGGGUGGCCCCCCUGCAGGUGACGUCAGUCAUUGCUGCUUUGGCAUUCCCCUCCUCACUCUGGAAAUGAGGUGGCGAGGAGAGGAGGGGGCUGAGCAGCAAUGAUGCAAUGGAGCCUCAUCACACAAGCCAGAGACACAUGGACCAACUCAAUCUCCCCCUCUGGCAGGAGCGUUUCUUUCAUGGGGCUGGGAUGGAGAGUCCGGGAAGACCCUCUCUGCCUGGGGCCACUGGGAGGGAUCAAGGGGUGCAGGAGGGUCGCUGCUGGCUUGUGAUGGAGCCCCCAAAUGCCAGCCGAUUCCUGGCACGUUCACACCAUGAAAGAGGGUGCAUAAGAAUAUAGCCCUCUCCCCUCCUGGGGUUUCCAGCAACUGCUAUUCAGAAGCAUUGCCGCCUCUCACCAGAGCACAGCCACCCUGGCUAGUAGCCAUGGAGAGCCCCCUCCUCCUCCUCCAUUGAUUUGUCUAAUCCUCUUUUAAAGCCAUCUGGGGUCGCUGCCUCCGUGAGGUCAGCCGGGGUGGCACCCGCAGCGUGCAAGGCUAUUGUGUAGAACACCUGCUAGGUGGCGCCAUCCUUCUGCAGGUGCUUUGUGCUAGGAGAGGUGUGUAAGUAACUUCAUCAGUGAACACGGAGGCUUAUAGCAAAAGGCUGGUCCCCUCAGGGUAGUUUCUGCCCUUGGGGAGGGUGCAAUUGCAGGCUUCUUCUACCGGAAGAGAGAGGGAGGGAGGGAGAGAGAGAGCUUCGCACGACAGCUUGCCCGAUGCCUCCUGUCACGUAAAUCCAUUGCACCAGCGGCAGGCUGAGUCACACUGAAUACCUUUCCGCAGAAACUCCUGCUGCAGGCUCACCGCUCCCAGGGUUCGUACUUGGUUGGCCAGCCGGCGAGGCAGCCACAAGGAGGCAGGCCUCAGACAAUGGGAACCGUGGCUGGCCUAGGUGGCGCUGAUGCAAGCAAAGACCUCCCUCUGCCUCCCCAAAUGAUCUGGACAUGGAAAUUAACUGCACUGUAAGAAGGUGGCAGAUUAGUAAAUCAAGGCAGGUGUUUUCCCAGAGAGUGGCCAGUCCAGAAGCCUUUUCUUCUUCCUCCUCCAUAUUCUGGAAAGUUUCAUUUCUAAAUCUCGGCAUGCUUGCAAAGCACAGAUGUAUGUGUGCACCCUAAGUUUGGGAGGUGCACCUUUUUAUUGCCAGUGACACCUGUAGUUUUGUUUUUUUUAAUUGUCAGAGGCAGUGGGGUGUAGUGGUUUGAGCGCUGGACUAUGAUCUUGGAGACCAGUGUUCUAAUCCCCACUUGGUCAGGAAGCUCACUGGGUGACCUUGUGGGACAGUCAUGCUCUCUCUCAGCCUAACCUACCUCACAGGGUUGUUGUGGGAGUUGACUGAGGAGGGGGAGAACCAUGUACUCCACCUUUGUAGAGUGUUCAGCUAACUCCACCUCUUGCCAACCUGGGCCUUCCAGCUGUUUCAAAGGACAGUAUGUUCAUCCCCUGGUUCCGCUGCUGAUGGGAGUUGUAGUCCAUAACAGCUGGAAGGACCUAGGUUGGCCAAAGCGUUGGCAUAACUAUGUGAUUGCCCAAUGCUGGUCUCCUGCAUGAGAGUCAUCACUGCUCAACUCAGUGGGCCUUACUUCCAAGUAAAGAGAUGUAGGGUGGCGCGGUUCUGUAAAUCUGGCCGGAUGGUUGUGAUCCAACUGAGUUCUACUUGAAUUGGUCCCAUCAAAAGCAAUGGGCCUAAGUUAAAUAUACUCUUUUAUUUCAGUGCGUCUGUUUUGAGUCUAUUUUGCGUGGGACUAGUGUUGGACACAACAUAUGUCAUAUUUCAUGUGGAAGGUGCUGAGGCUUACCCUUUUCAGAACAAUUAUAAUUAAAUACUUUCCCUGAUAAUUAAAAGACCUGCUGCUGUAGGAGGUAAUAGAAAGAAAACCUGUGUCACCAGGCUAAUAAAAUGAUUCACACACAAAAAGGUCACAACUCACUAUGCAGAACCUGGGGUCCUGGGUUCAAAUCACAGCCGUUCUAGAGGAUCUCAGCUUGACUUUGGAGACUAGCUGCUGGUCAGGGAAGAGGACCUUUGGGGCUAGAUCAAUCCAGUUCUGAUUCCCUGGAGAAGUCCCCAGGGCAAGUCGGGUCAGUUGUUUCAGAACCACGGAGAGCUCCUCAUGAGCAAGUUGCUCCAUCAGGGUUGGAUGGGAACCAGGGCCUCAGCUCAGUUGGCAUUAAAAGAGAACUAGUAGACAAAUUCCUGGAGGAUACCACUAUCAUAAAUGGGGAGAGUUUCUGUCAUGCUUUGGGGCUUCCCAUAAGCAUUCGGCUGGCCCCUGUGGGAAUAAGAUGCUGGACUGGAAAGGUCCAUGACCUGAUGCAUCGCAGGGGGUUCAGCUUUGGGCCCCUCCUGAUUCUGUGAUCCGGCAGGGCUCUUUUCACACUCUUAGACCAUCCUUCAGAUUUGCAGGAUUUAUGAGUAAACCUUAGGAGCAAGGUUGCCGAUAGCAGCCUUUCUGCUCAGUUGAAGGGUGAUAGUGGGUCCCCAGGGAUGCCUGCUUGGCUGCCCUGAUCCACCAGAAGCAGCGGGGAGGACAAGCCGGGAGGGACAUUUGACACCCAAAUGUAAACGGAGUGCUCAAGGACAAAAGGAGCGUUGCAGACAGAGGCAAAACCAGCCUUUGCAGGUGGCCACUUUUCAGGAGACACCUGAGCCCAGCUUCUCCCUUUUCAGAUUGGCAUCUCCAAACCGAGAAUGAAUCAGAGAGCAGCUAAAAGGAGACGCAGUGGGAAAUGCCCUUGGGAUAACUGGGGGACUUUGCCAGAAGCAGAGGCUGUUUGAGAAUACAAGAGCCUGCUAGGUUACGCUAGUGGCCCAUCUAGUCCAGCAUCCCAUUCUCCCAGAUGCCUCUUUGGGGAAACCUGCAAGCAGGACCCGAGAAAAAGGUCAGGAUUGGAAUAUAAUUAAUAAUGAUGCAAUUAGCUGCUGAUUAAAAGGGGGUCCUGGUAGAAAAAUGAAAGUGCACUGAGAGCUCUGUCCGUGUUGGAAUAAGGUGGGACCCAGGAUGGUUAGACUGGGAAGGUUUGGGAAGUUGGCACACCCUUCAUCUGUCCUGAAGUGGGAUCUGGGCCUCCUCCCAGGGCUGGGUCUAAGGCUGCCCUUGUGGAGGUGCCAGUAAGGGGGGUUUCUGUAGCUUGUUGCUGAUCCCAUGCCACAAUGGCGUGAGAACACAUGCAGUAGCUUUGCAACCUGUCAGACCCAAACAGGAAGUGAAUCUGUCCCAUCACUUCCUCCUUUCCUCAGGGGAAAUCCCCACCAGCCGUUAGCUCAGCCCUGCCUGGUUCCUCCCAUGCAAAAUGUACAUAAGGAACGAUUGGAACCCCACAUUUUUUAUCCUCAUCCCUGGCAUCUAGACUGCCCCUGACUCUGUAAGUCUUGUUUAGCCACCAACCAUACACACAGACACUCCAAUCCCCUUCUCUCCCAUUAAUCUGUAGGAUCCCCAUUUGGAGUCUCUUCAAGGACUGCCCCCACCUCUUGUGGCAGGGAGUUCCACCGGUGAAUUCCUGCACUGCAGGGGAUUGGACUAGAAGGCCCUUGGGGAUCCCUUACAACUCUGUGUGUUUCAUGCUGCAUGUGAAGAAGCAUUUGCUUUUGCCCACCCUGGAUCUCUGCUGUCCUGCUGCCAGCUUGGGGGAUCUUUGAGAUUUCUAGCUGACCACGGUCUGAAAAAGGCGCGGGGUGAGAUGGUGCGUUUGCGCACACACACGUACACACACCUCAGUCUCCCAGAAGUCUAGAACUGAGCACCCCAAAGGAACAUACAAAUCAUAGAAUAGUAGAGUCUGAAGGGAUCCCAAGAGUCAUGUAGUCAGAACAUUGGCCCAUCCAUCUCAGUGUUGCCUGCACUGAUGGGACAGCAGCUCUCCAUGGUUCCAGACUGAGCUGCAGUCAAGCGUAGGUCAGCAAUAAAACACCCAGUGUCAGUGAAGUUAACUCUCUAUUCAUAGCAAGCAAAAUAUCACAGGCCUUGUAAUCCCACCAACUCCUCCCAGUAGGUCUUCCCCAAUGAGGCAGUUGCGAGGACUGAAGGUCCCCACCUUCCCCACAGCUGCCUAAGUCCACUCCUCUCCAGGGUUUUCCCCCCAAGCAAUCAGAGACUGAGACUGCGCCUGCGCACAACCAAUCUCUGCUCUGCUCUUUUCAUGCCUCCGUGUGUUCUAGGAGACCCACGGGGAGGGGAGCUGGUCGCAGCAGGAGGGGGAGACUCCCUGGCUUCCUCACCAGCCUGCCUCAUCUCUGCCUCUUGGCCCUCCUCCUCUCCAGCCUCCGCUUCUACCUCUGCCUCUGAACCCCUCUGCCACAGUCUCUUCUUGCUCACUAAACCUGUUGCCUCUUCAGCUUCUGACACCUUCUCCUCCCAGUCUGCUUCCUUUUCUCUUUCCAGCCUCUCAUGGUCACCCCACCACUAAUACCCUGGCUCUGAGCCUUCUUCCCUGGGGGUUCCCUUGGGGGGGUUCCCUAGCUGGUGCCUCCCACCACUCCUCUGCCUCCAACAGGGAAUAUUCCCAGCCCUGCCUUGUAGAUGCCAGGGAUUGAACCUGGGACCUUCUGCAUGCAAGGCAGAAUCAUUGCCACAGAGAAGCUCAUCCCUCUCACCAUCAGAAAAACCCAGCUGUCCCCAGUAAUAGCUGGUCCUUGAAGGCAGACAGUUUGCUCUGCCUGCAAUCAGCUCUGGCACCCCCUGCUGUUGGGUUCCCUUCCUUUUACCCUAUCCUGUCUCAAUGGGUUCCAGCCACCAUCACGUCUGACCUUCUGGUGUAAGGAAAGUUCUUACAGUAUUUGGACAUAUGAUUUUGGGUGAGUUUUGCCUCCUCAUUGUUGGGGAACUCACCCAGAAAAGUGUCACAGUUCUUUUGCAAGCCAGGAAAUGACUUUGACGGAGGUUCAUAAGGGUGGAAAGUAGAGUUGCUUCCCUAAACGUUCAGUUUCAGAGAUGGAAACAACGGGUGGCAUGUUCAAUGCCUAAUCAUAUAAAAAGUGUCUGGAGGGUCUAAUCCCUGUGGAAAUCUCAAAUUAUGCAUUAUUUUCUCCAUUAUUCCAGUGUGAGAGGUACCAAACCUCCAGUGUAAGAUUUGGGGCCAUUUUCCAUUGAGUUGCAGUUACUGUUUGAGCUGCCAAGAUAAUAUAUAAGACCAAUUAUUUAAUUUUGGACAAUAAACCAUGGUUUAUUUAGGAAUAACCAUCUAUCAAAAUUUCAAAAAAACCCACAAAAAACUUGCACCAAUUUACAGCACCACUAUAAAUGAUAUGUACCAAGUUUAUUGCAACCUCCCCAACAAUUAAGUGAUAUAGAAGAAAGUGUUUUUGAUAUCUGCCAAGGAGAGUAAUACCUUCUGUGACAGCUGUGUUUGACCUCUAUGUUUGACCUCUGUUGUCUCUGAAUGCCCAUUGCUGGAAAUUGCAAGUUGGCAUAGUGUUGCUAUUGCACCCAGGUCCUGCUUUUGGAUCUCUCGUUCAGGCAUCUGGCUGGUCAUAUUGCUGAACUAUGAUGGGCCCAAUCCUCUGGAUGUUGUAAUGAGCCCAAGGAUCACGCCAGCAGACAAUAAGAGGAUUCCCCUUUGUCCUAGUCAAUUUAAUGCUUUGAAAAACGUCUUGACCGUUAUUUGACCAGCUGAGGCAAUCGUUUCCUCAAUCAGUCAAAUGCCCAGCCUGAAAUCCACGAGUCAAGCUUAGGGAGGGAGGGGGUUUAUUUUAUCUCUUGCCCUGAUAUCCUACCUUUCCAGCAAGGAACUCUAGGUUGUAAUAUACUGUAUGGUUCUCCUCCCAUCUCCACUGUAUCCUUAAAACAGCCCUGAGAGGUUGGUUAGAGAGAGUAUGGUUGGCUUAAGGUCAUCCAUGGCUGUCUGGAUUUGAACCCUGGCCUCCCAGGUCCUAGUCCAACAACCUAACCACUGUGCCACGCUAGAAGGGUAUUACAGUAACUCAAUAUUAAGUGGAUCUGACCCAAAGGGACCAUUUCAAUCUUUCCCCUAACUUUUGGAAGGGCUGCUGUGCACACAUUGCUUGGAUGAGGGCAAUGGCCGUCUGUUAAGAUGCUUGAGGCUGAAGCUGCAGUUGGUGCAGAAUGUUGCAGCGCGAUUGCUGACAGGAGUAAGGCCUUGGCAGCAUAUAAAACCUGUGCUCCAAGAACUGCACUGCUUGCCAAUUUGCUAUUGGGCCAAGUUCAAAGUGUUAGUAUAUAAAGCUCUUAACAACCAGGGACCAGUUUACCUGUGAGAUCGCCUUACCACAUCUAUAUCCAUUUGGCUGCUUUGAUUUGCAGAACUGGCGUUGUUGCAAGUGCCACAUAAUACCAGACUCUCCCAGUGUCCUUAUUUUCCAGGGACAGUCGCGGGUGUACAGAAGCCUUACCGGUUUCUGAUGUGAUCCUGGAAUGUCCUGCUUUUCCUUAGGGUGUCCCUAUUUUCAUCGGGAAAAUGUUGGAGGGUAGGGAGUUAUGUGACCGCUGAACCGUGAAGAUAAGUAACUACAGUCAUACCUUGGUUUUCGAACAGCUUAGUUCCUGAACAUUUUGGCUCCUGAAUGUUGCAAACCCGGAAAUGAGUGUUCCGGUUUGCGAACUAUUUUUGGAACCCAAACAUCUGACGAGGCUUCUGAGGCUUCUGAUUGGCUACAGGAGCUUCCUGCAGCCAGAAGCUGCAAUUUGGUUUUCAAACGGAUUCUGUUUGACUUCCAAAGUAUGACUGUAUGCAACCUUUAGAAGACAUCUGAAGGCAGCCCUGUAUGGGGAAGUUUCUUAACGUUUAAUAUUUUAUUAUGUUUUUAUAUAUGUUGGAAGCUGCCUAGAAUGGCUGGGGCAACCCAGUCAGAUGGGUGAGGUAUAGAUAAUAAAAUUAUUAUUAUAUUAUUAUAUUAUUAUUAUUCGUCGGUUGUUGUUGUUAAAUAGGACAUCCCUAUUUUCAUUGGAGAAGUGUUGGCGGUUAUAUAAUAUCCAUUCUGCAUUUGUAAGAAAUCUAUAUCUUAGUGUGGCAGCACUUAAACUUUGGAACUCCCUGCCUCUUGAAACCAGGCAGGCGCCUUCAGUGUACCCUCUUCAGCACCUACUAAAAACAUUAUUGUUUGGGCAAGCCCAUCCAGAUGUUUAGAAAGUUGAUGCAAGUCUCAAUCUGUUUUUAGUCUAUUGUUAUUUUAACUUUUUGGGAGCCGUCAUGGAAUGAGUUAAUAAAUAUGAGUCCCGGGGCCUGACGUCUCUCUCCCUCUUGCUGUCCUUGCAGGUGCUGCGAAUGUGGGGCGUCCCUUUCCCACCAGUACUACGAGAAGGAUGGACGCCUCUACUGCAAGAAGGACUAUUGGGCGCACUUUGGGGAGCUCUGCCACGGCUGCUCAGAGCAGAUCACCAAAGGGCUCGUUAUGGUAAGAAAGGGGGUCCAGGAGAGAGCAGAGGGAUCUCCUCUAGCCCAAAUGCUUUGCUGAAAUGAAGACAUUCUGUGUCUUUGGCAUCCUCAUGAUCUACCAAACCAGCCACUGCAUCAAGAAAGGAGACAAGCUUCAUCUGGCAUGGCUUCCUCUUGAGAAAUCCAUACUAGCCUCUUAAUAUCAACACAUUAUUUUCUAGAUGCUCCCAAACGGACUCCUUAACCGCCUGCCCUAGAAUUUUGCCCAGUAUAGCCAUUGGCUCUUACACUGGCUCCCAGUAUGUUUCUGAGCGCAAUUCAAAGUGUUGGUGUUGACCUUUAAAGCCCUAAACGGCCUCGGCCCAGUAUACUUGAAGGAGCGUCUCCACCCCCAUCAUUCUGCCCAGACACUGAGGUCCAGCACCGAGGGCCUUCUGGCGGUUCCCUCACUUUGAGAAGCAAAGCUACAGGGAACCAGGUAGAGGGCCUUUUCGGUAGUGGCGCCCGCCCUAUGGAAUACCCCCCCAUCAGAUGUCAAAGAGAUAAACAACUACUUGACAUUUAGAAGACCAGGGAAGUUUUUAAUGUGUGACAUUUUAAUGUAUUUCUAAUCUUUGGCUGGGGAAACCCAGCCAGAUGGGCAGGGUACAAAUAAAUUAUUAUUAUUAUUAGGCUUGCCUGCCUGAAUUUCCCAGAGCUGUUUUCCUUUUCUGUUUUUGAAAAGCAAGGGCAAUCCCAUCCCACUCCUUUUGCCCAUCUCCAAUCUCCCGGCCCCUCACCUUCUCUCCAAAAAUGCUCAAAAGAGGCUCUGAAAUAACCCACUGCAAGCCCCUCUUUAGACUUCUUUGUUCCGCAUUUCCCAGGCUGAACAUAGUUCCCCUAGCAGAAGAAGACAGAGGCCAAAAAGGAACUGAGUGGUUCCUAUUUCCUCCAAGUCACCUCUUAACUCAAACCACAGCCACCUGCACGUCACCUGGUGUCAUAGUUCUGGGAAUUAGGUCUUAUGUUGUGUUCUGGGAGGGGGUCACAUGCCCCCUAUAGGAUCAGACUUGCAGGGCUCCUGGAUUCCAACAUGUCACUGACAGUGAGCCCUUCCUGAUAUGUGCCUUUGCAGGUGCAGUUUGAAUCCAGGCUCCCUAUUGGUUCCUGUUGGUUUGUUUCAGAAUUUAUAAACCCCUCUCCAUAGAACUAGAGAAUCGGAAGAGAUGUAAAUAUGUAAAUACAGUGGUACCUCGGGUUACAUACGCAUCAGGUUACAGACUCCGCUAACCCAGAAAUAGUACCUCGAGUUAAGAAUUUUGCUUCAGGAUGAGAACAGUAAUCGUGCUCCGGCGGUGCAGCGGGAGGCCCCAUUAGCUAAAGUAGUGCUUCAGGUUAAGAACAGUUUCAGGUUAAGAACGGACCUCCGGAACAAAUUAAGUACUUAACCCGAGGUACCACUGUACACGACGUGUCUGUUUCCCUCCUAGGUUGCUGGAGAGCAAAAAUAUCACCCCGAAUGUUUCAGCUGCCUGAACUGCCGGGCGUUCAUCGGCGAUGGAGACACCUAUGCACUGGUGGAACGGUCCAAGCUCUACUGGUGAGAGGGGAGAACAGCUGGGCUCACUUGCGGGGGGGUGGCAGUGCUUGGGCAGGAAACAGGCAGAGACAACCAAAGGGACAGCUUUCAUUAUUGCAGGCUGCAACUGGAGAUUUCAGGCUCCGCUGUGGAGCCUUGUCCCGUACGUAUCAUAAGAGCAUCAGAAGAGCCUGGUGGAUCAAGCCAAUGGCCAAGCUAGUCUAGCCUCCUGCUCUUGUAGGGGCCAACCAGAUGCCUCAAAGCAAAGCCUGAAAGCAGGAUUGGAACACAAGAGCCCUCCCCCCUCCUUUGGCUUUGCUGCUUCCAGCUAUGGAGGUGGCUAGUAACCAUUGGUAGCCUCUCCUCUAUGAAUUUGUCUUGUCCUCUUUUAAAGCCAACUAGGUUGGUAGCUGUUCUGGGAAACAAGGGUCAUUAUGUAACUUGUAAACUGCGAUGCAAAACAACACCGGUUCCUCCAGUUUAGCUAAUUUACUGAUCCAAGUAUUUGUUUCUGGUAACAUCAGUGCAGCUUGUUUUCUCUAGGCUGCAGUUUUGUUCUAUUUCCAAAACUACUGGUACUGGGAUAUUUUACCAGAACACAGCAACCCUGUCAACAUAGACAGCUUCUUGAACAUUGAGGGCAGCUGGGGACAGUGUGGAAUUAAAUUACGUCUUCAAAUAAAAUGCGUAUGGGUUAUUAUUAUUAUUUUUAAUUGAUUGAUAUUAUUAUUUCUAAUAAUUUCUGAUAGGCUUUUUUUUUAACCGUUGUGACCUUAAGUGAUCACAUGAGAUGUUAUGAACCACUUUGGGCACAAUUUUGUGGAAAAGUGGCAUACAAAUAAACAGAGGAUGAUGAUGAUGAUGAUGAUGAUGAUGAUAAGAGUUCAAAGGCACAUUUCCAGCCAGGAAGAAACGCUCAAGGAGGGUGUGGGGGAACACCAAGGAGAGAUUUGGCCUGGUGGGCAGGAGAAUUGAAGAGUGCCAGGCAAAGAGGCCUGCUUUCCCUCACCCCGAUCUAGAACCCUCAUUCGGAGGAGACCUGUUGGAACAUCUCAGGAGCCUCGAGUUACGCAAUUCACUCCAUUUCUCUUGGGACUUUCGGGGCUCGCUCACCGUUUGAGAACGACUUCCCUAGCACCUGACCCUUCUCCUCCUCCCUGCCACAGCGGACACUGUUAUUACCAGAUGGUGGUGACGCCAGUGAUGGACCAGCUGCUCCCAGAAUCCCCCGGCACCCGGAUCCCACACACGGUCACCCUCGUCUCCAUCCCGGCCUGUUCUGAUGGCAAGAGGGGCUUCUCCGUCUCCAUCGAGGCUCCACACGGAGGCUCAGAGCACCCACACACUGUCCGUGUCAGAGAGUAAGUACAGCCCACCAGGCGUCAGGCUCAUGUCUUGCCCUUGUUCAGGUGAUGUGGUUCACCUCAAGGAACUGCCCACACUCAGCCUCCACGGCCGCCUUAUUCUGAUCGUUCCAGUGAAUAAUAGCCAACACAACUUGAAAUCAACCAAAGCUUCCCAUUUCAAACAAAGUUUUAAAUUUAUUGUGUUUUCCUGUGAAAUUUUACAGGCAGCAUUUUGAAAUUUGCAUGUUCUUAGGCUUCACAGUGCCUGCUGAUUUGUUGCGAUUCUAGUAGGCUUCAGAUGCGAAAUCUCAUAUGCUGUCGGCUCUCAAACUCCAAAUUACCAUUGCAUGUCAAAUCCUAAAUUACCAUUGCAUGUCAAAUACCAGAUUACCAUUCCAUGCUGUCUUGUCUAAUGCAUUUGUGUGGCCCUCUCCAGACACUGUGGAAUUCUGAAUAAUGUAAUACGGCUGUUACAAAAUUUUGGAUACCAUGAUUUGCCAUCUUUCAAAUGAUAUCAAAUAUUAUCAGGUGUUUUUGGUUAACAUGCUUUAUUCUUGUGUAUUACUACAUGCAUAUCCCAUCAAUUCCUCCAAGGAGCUCUAGGGGGCAGCCAUGGGUCUCCUGCUCCCAAUUUUAUCCUCAGAAGAACCUUGUGAGGUGGAUUAGGCUGAGAGACAGUGCCUGGUCCAAAGUCACUCAAUGAGCUUCAUUGCUAAGAGGAGAUUCAAGCACUGGUUCCCCAGAUCCUAGCCUGACAUUCUAAGCACCACACUGCGCUUAAUAUUUGAAAUAUCCAUUGGAUGUCAAGUGAAAUUGGAGCUCGAGGCUCCAGCAGCGUGUGUGGUUCCCCUGUACAGGGUGCUGAGCCAAGAGGGCACAAAACAACAACAACAACAACAACAAUAAUAUCACCUUUAUUUAUAUGGGUAUCUGCUGAGAAGAACAAGGGACGCGGGUGGCGCUGUGGGUUAAACCACAGAGCCUAGGGCUUGCCAAUCGGAAGGUUGGCAGUUCGAAUCCCCGCGACAGGGUGAGCUCCCAUUGCUCGGUCCCUGCUCCUGCCAACCUAGCAGUUCGAAAGCACGUCAAAGUGCAAGUAGAUAAAUAGGUACCGCUCCGGCGGGAAGGUAAACGGCGUUUCUGUGCACUGCUCUGGUUCACCAGAAGCGGCUUAGUCAUGCUGGCCACAUGACCCGGAAGCUGUACGCCGACUCCCUCGGCCAAUAAAGCGAGAUGAGUGCCGCAACCCCAGAGUCGGUCAUGACUGGACCUAAUGGUCAGGGGUCCCUUUACCUUUACCUUACUGAGAAGAUCCAUUAAAAAAAAACAACUGCACCAAAAGGAAUUAUUGUGAAAAUAUGAAAUAUUUAGAGAGGAGCAAAUUUUGUCCUCUCUCAGGCUACCAUAUUACCAAAGUCCACCCUGGCUUCAGCCUGGUCAACUGUAAAUAAGAGAUUGAUGCAUUGUGACAUUGUGGUCCUGCUUUUUCCUCCGCUAGGAAUUCUGGAGUCUGGUUUGCUCCUCUGGGACUUGGGUUUGAGGGGGUGCCCCAUAUGCCAGCUUGGAAUAAUAACCCUUUUCUUGCCUCCCUCUCCAACACCCUGGAAACAGAUUGAACCCCGACUGCAUAAGUCCUGACAUGAAGAACUCCAUCCACGUCGGCGACCGCAUCCUGGAGAUCAAUGGCACGCCGAUCCGGCAUGUCCCCCUAGACGAGGUGAUGUACUGGGGGGUUCUUUCUCCUCCAUGCUUUUGAGAAAGUAACUGCUGGAUCCCAUGCCUUUCCGGGAAACAUCUGGGCUCCCCAUAAGAACAUCAGAAGAGGCCCUUGGCCCAGCUAGUCCAGCAUCCUGAUAUCACCGGGGCCAGUUAUCCCUAGGUAUCUAGAUAGACUGCCUCUGGACCUGGAGGUUCCAUGAGAAGAACCUGGCUGGUGGAUUCAGACCCAAAGAAGCCCGUCUAGUCCAGCAUCCUGUCUUUGCAGUGGCCAGCCAGAUGCCCUAAGGGGAAGCCCAAAAGCAGGAUUUGAACACCAGAGCCCUCUUCCCUCCUGCCAUUUCCAGUAACUGGUAUGGAGAAGCAUUACUGCCUCUGACUGUGGAGGCAGAGCAUAGCCAUCCUGGCUAUCAGCCCUCAGUAGCCCUCUCCUCUUUCAUGGAUUUGUCUAAUCCUCUUUUAAAACCAUCUAGGUCCCGGGCCCUAAGGAAGUUAGAUUAGCUUCAACCAGAGCCAGGGCCUUUUCAACACUGGCUCCGGCCUGGUGGAACGCUCUGCCUCAUGAGACCAGGGCCCUGCAGGAUCUGAUUUCUUUCCGCAGGGCCUGUAAGACAGAGUUGUUCCGCCUGGCCUUUGGCUUGGAGCCAAUUUGAUUCCCUCCCCCUCUUUCUUUUUCCUUUCUCCUCCUGUGAUGAGGCUGCAUUUUAAUAUUUUAAUGUUUCAAUAUUUUAAUGUUGUGUUUUAAUCUUGUUUUUAAGUUGUAUCCAUUCAACUUGUUUUUAUUAUUGCUUGUUAGCUGCCCUGAGCCCGGCCUUGGCUGGGGAGGGCAGGGUAUAAAUAAAAAUUAUUAUUAUUAUUAUUAUUAUUAUUAUUAUUAGGUUAGUGGCCAUCACUGCCCCCGGUGGCAGGGAGUUCCACAGUUUAACUCUGCACUGCGCAAAGAAGUCACUUAUUCACUCCAACCUGGCCUGCCUUACUGUCUCCGCUCUGCAGAUUGACCUGCUGAUCCAAGAGACCAGCCGCCUGCUGCAGCUCACCAUCGAGCACGACCCGCACGACAUGCUGGAGAGCAGUGGCGGCAGCCCCCUCUCGGAGCUGCGAAGCCCCCUCCGCUCCCCCAGCCGCACCCCCUGCCCAGAACCGUCCGCCAUCCGCCAGCGCUCCGUCAUGUAAGGCUAAGCUGCCAGCCCUAAAUUGGGGGGGGGGGGGUUAUGCCUGUAGCCCCCCACUGGAGCAACGAUGGGUCAGGGAUGGUGGGAGUUUAGCAAACCAGGGGGGCACCAGGUUGGGGGACGCUGGAGGCAGGGUUGUACAUGCUCCUUUUUCAUCUUUUUUUUCAAAAUGUGUACACUGCUUGGUUGUAAAAAGAAAUGCGCAAAACAAUUUACGAAGAAUGUAAAACAAUCAAAUUAUCAGCAAUAAUAGUUUUUUUAAAAAAAUAAUUUUACUUAUAAGCUUUUACAAGAUAUACAAAAAAAUCAAAAAUUUGAAACACCACCAAUCUUUCAUAUAUCAUAUAUCAUAAGGCAAACUCGUAGGUAAGCUGUUCCUAAAGUGUUACGGGCUUUGUAUACUAACAGUAACACGAUGAAAUUGGCCCAGUAGCAAAUCAGCAACUAGUGUGGAUCUCUGAGCACAGGUGUUACAUGUUGGCAAGGCCUCGCUCCUGUCAGCAAUCAUGCUGCAGCAUUCUGCACUAUCUUCAGCUUCCGGAUCAGGUGCCAGGAAGCCCCACAUAGAGCACAUGGCGGUAAUCUAGUCUUGGGUAACCGGUGCAUGAACUGCAAUUCCCAGCUGUGUUGCCCAGAAAACUUUGAGAAAAAACAUGCUUCAAACAUGCUCUGAAGGUACAGUGCCAAAGCGGUUGGGUGGGCGCAAUUGGGGUGAUCUUGUAGGUAAACAGGUCCCACAUUUCCCCUUUCAAGAGGGCAGGUGUGACCUCUCUCUCUCUUGCCUUGAUCCUCCUAGGCGAAGCUGCAGCAUCGACAAAUCUCCCUGCUCCAGUUCCCUGGGCUCCCCUGCCUCGCAGCGGAAGGACAUUGGGCGCUCCGAGUCUCUCCGAGUCGUCUCGCGGCUCCACCGCAUCUUCCGCCCCUCGGAUCUCAUCCACGGCGAGGUCUUGGGCAAGGGCUGCUUUGGGCAGGCAAUCAAGGUACCAGUGUGCCCGCUCUGCCUUUCCCCAGCUGGGCCUUGCCCAUGGCUCGAUCACACCAACCCCGGGCAACUCACUCAUUCUCCCCUGGCUUCCUCGCUGGCCCAAAUAGGACUACAGUGGUGCCUCGCAAGACGAAAUUAAUCCGUUCCGCGAGUGUCUUCGUCUAGCGGUUUUUUCGUCUUGCGAAGCAACCCUAUUAGCGGCUUAACGGAUUAGCGCUAUUAGCGGUUUAGCGGCUAUUAAAGGCUUAGCAGCUUAGAUAAAGGGGGGGAAAAGCGAAAAAAAAAUCUCAAGACUCGCAAGACAUUUUCGUCUUGCGAAGCAAGCCCAUAGGGAAAUUCGUCCUGCGAAGCAACUCAAAAACGGAAAACCCUUUCGUCUAGCGGGUUUUCCGUCUUGCGAGGCAUUCGUCUUGCGAAGCAAGCCCAUAGGGAAAUUCGUCCUGCGAAGCAACUCAAAAACGGAAAACCCUUUCGUCUAGCGGGUUUUCCGUCUUGCGAGGCAUUCGUCUUGCGGGGCACCACUGUAAUUUAGCCAGCUAGCCCUGGUGAUCAUCUAAUGUUUAUUGGAUGGAUUUCCCCCCUAAAUUGAUUUUGAAUUUAUUGUUAUUCACAUUUUAUACUGUAUUUUAUGCUGUUUUUUGUUGCAUCCAUUACGUGUUUUAAAUUUGUUGUUAGCCUCCCUGAGCCCAGUUUUCUGAACCGGGAAGGGCGGGGUAUAAAUAAAUUAUUAUUAUUAUUAUUAUUUAUUACUGAUGAUGAACAUGCUGUGACAUCACUCUGGGAUGCUCGCACAAGAUCUCGUGGAGCCAUCUGAACUCCUGUGAGAUCUCGUGUGAGCAUCCCCAGCCUUCCAGAUCCCACAUGAUGAGCCCACCUUGCCCCCCACCCCCCAAGCAAGGCAGAGAGUUUAAAAGCUCUUUUCGUGCUGUUUCUGCUUGGCUACCUGGCACAAAAUGAGCUUUUAAGUUGUCUGCCUUGUUGCGGUUGGGCAAUGCCCAUUUAGUGCUCCAGCUGAACGGAGGAGUCUCUUCCCCUUCCCCGCUAGCUUUGGGGUGGCUCCAAAGAUUUGGGUAUGCACGAUUUUCGUGCAUUUGUGGAACCCAUGGAACUGAACCCCUGCAUGAGAUGCGCUAAUACUGUUAAUGAUGUUUUAAAGAUUUGAGCUUCCUUUCUGGGCAUGAAGAGUGGGCAGGGCUGGAUUUAGGUUUGAUGAGACCCUAAGCUACUGAAGGUAAUGGGGCCCUUUAUAUGUCCAGCUGUCCUUUGUCAACAACAAAUUGUCGCUGGUUUUUGUGUGUGUUGAAUAUAUGCUAUAUGGUGAUUUAUGGACCUAAUAGGUAUCUAAAGCCAUUCACACAUAUCAAAUAGGAGCCUACACAACACAAAACACUGUUACUGUAUGUAGGUUUUAUUUUAUCUGUUUUUUUAUCUUAUAUUUUGGAAAUGUACAUCCAGUUUUUCCCCCUUUAAAUUUUUUGGGGGCCCCAAGAGAGUGGGGUCCUAUAGCUUGUUUAGCUUAUAUGUAAAUCUGGCACUGAGAGUGGACCACAAAACUAAAGAAAUAAAUGCAUCCUUUGGCAGGUGACGCACCGGGAAACGGGAGAAGUGAUGGUCAUGAAGGAACUGAUCCGCUUUGAUGAGGAGACCCAAAGAACAUUCCUUAAGGAGGUAGGUCUAACCUAAGUAUAUUCCAGUAGCUGUGGAGUCCCCUCAAAAUACCCUACUCUGUUUUUCCCUUGAUAGCUACCAUAGAGUCAUAGAAUCAUAGCAUUGUCAAGUUGGAAGGGAUCCCAAGGUAUUCUAGUCCAGCCCCUGCAAUGCAGGAAUCAUAGCUAGAGAAUCGCUGGCAGAUGCCCAUCCAACCUCUGUUUAAAAACCUCCAAUGAAGGAGAGUCCACCACCUUCCAAAAUGUCCUUUCCUCUGUCAAACUGCUCUUACACUCAGAAGGUUCUUCUUAAGGUUUAGUCGGAAUCUCCUUCCUUGUAACUUGAUUCCAUUGGUUCAAGUCCUCCCCUCUGGAACAGCAGAAAACAAGCUAGCUCCAUCUUCCAUCUCUCUCACGGAUUGCCUGUAUGUUGGCAAUCCAUGGCUGGUCCUUCCCUUUCAGAAUGUUGGAGGGCAUCCCUUCUGUGAAGUCACAGAAAUCCAACCAAUUGGAGCCGGUAUGUUGGCAUUCCCUGGCUGGCCCUUCCCUUUUAGAAUGUUGGAGGGCAUCCCUUCUGUGAAGUCACAGAAAUCCAACCAAUUGCUUGGGAGAAGCCCUAAUACAGUCUGAAUAAAUCUGCUAGGCUGCCUCUCCCCACCCACCCUGACUGCUUCUGGCCCAAGAUAAAUUCUUGGAUAAGCUCUGCCACUCCAUCUUGGCCUGGUGGCUGACCCCCUUGUGGUUCUCUUCCGCCCUCCCUCCCCCAGGUGAAAGUGAUGCGAUGCCUGGAGCACCCCAACGUGCUGCGGUUCAUCGGGGUUCUCUACAAGGACAAGCGGCUGAACUUCAUCACGGAGUACAUCAAGGGAGGGACGCUCCGUGGGAUCAUCAAGAACAUGGUGAGGGCAUCGGCAGAGAUUACAACCUAGGUGACUCGGGGGCUUGGGAGACCCUCGUUUACACAACACAGGGGUUGGUUUCUGCCUCCGCCAUCCCACCUGCCACCAGCUCAAAUAAGAAGGUUACAGCCUCACCUAAUUUUGCUAAAAUAUAAUUCCAUAGAAUUUUAGAGUUGGAAGGGAUCCCAAGGGUCAUCUAUUCCAACCCCCUGCAAUGCAGGGAUCAUGGCUGAAUUUGACAAAUGGCAGGAGGGGAUGCAUUCACAACCCACCAAGUGUUUGUGAACUGCCCUGGGGUUUUCUAAAUUAAAAGCAGUGCAUAGAAAAUAUCAUUUAUUUCAUUUAUGGAGCAAUCCCCGUGAGGCAUCCCAAAGCAACUUGCAAUAUCCUUUGCCAUUUACAAGCCCACGAUGAUUAUCCCAACUGCCCGGCUGUCUUUGCUCCUCUGCCCAGAAAGCGGGGUGCCCCCUCACCACCUACAUCUCUGCUUUCAGGAUGGUCAGUAUCCCUGGAGCCAGAGGGUCAGCUUUGCGAAAGACAUUGCUGCAGGGAUGGUGAGUACACAGGGGAAUCAGCCACCUUCCUGCAAUGCAGUGCGACAAGGUGCUAUGUGAGGUUCGGGAGUGAACAAAGCCAUCACAAUUUCCUCUGGGGAGAUAUAUUUUCCUGGUUUGGACCAGGGCAUUCAGAACAUAACUGGAGGCAUCCCUGGAGCUGUCGAUCCAGAAGAGCUUCACUGUCCAGAGGCAGUGUACCUCUGGGUGCCAAGUGCCUUUAGCAGGGGGAAAGCCAAGAAUUAAACAUAAAAUUAUGAUAGAAAUAAAAGAAAGAGGAGGCUUUGCCCUGCCAGACCUGCAAAUGUAUUAUGAGGCAGCCUGUUUGUGUUGGUUAAAAGAAUGGAUUACAUUGGAUAAUGCAGACACUUAGAAGGUCAUGACUUAAAAUUUGGCUGGCAUGCAUGUCUUUGGUGUAGGAAGGAGAAAAUUUAUGAAACUUUUAUGAAGCAUAUUCUUAGGAAGAAUCAGUAUAGAGUUUGGGAAAAAUAUAAAAAUCUGCUGAAAAGGAAAACAUCUUUAAAGUCUUCUGAAAAGAAGCAUGGCAAAAAAUCUAACUUGUCUCCCCUCCCCUGCCACUUCCAGGCUUAUCUGCACUCCAUGAACAUCAUCCACAGAGACCUGAACACGCACAACUGUCUGGUGCGGGAGGUGAGUUGUUGCGGUACCAGGUCCGGUGCAGCAGGGAGGGUCUUGCACUUCCUCUGUCAAUGACUGAGGAUCUUGAAGCUGCCAUGUGGCUGAUGAAGGCCAUUUCUCUCCUCGGACAGAACAAAAGUGUGGUAGUGGCCGAUUUUGGCCUUGCAAGGCUGAUGGUCGAUGAGAAGAACCAGCUGGCCACUCUGAAGAAACCAGACCGCAGGAAGAGGUACACGGUGGUGGGAAAUCCCUACUGGAUGGCUCCGGAAAUGAUCAACGGUGAGUGGGGCAGAGGGAGGGCGAGUGGGGACAUUGCCAGGGCUUCCUUGCUUGGCGUUCAGCAUCCAGAGCAAGGGAAGGUUCAUGGGAACAAGGGAAACUGCCUUACUUCGAGUCAGACCGUUGCUCCAUCUUGGUCAGUGUUGUCUACACUGACUGGCAGCAGCUCUCUGGGGUUUCAGAGGGGACAUUCCCAACGCUGUUGUGGGUCGACCCCGGGCCCUUCUGCAUGCCAAGCAGGUGCAAACAGUCGGAUCCCCAUGGUUCCACAUGCAGGAGGCAGCCUUACGCUGAGUCCAACUAUUGGUCCGCCUUGCUCAGUGUUGCAUGCACUGACUGGCAGCAGCGGACCUCCAGGGUUUCAGGCUCAGGGGUCUUUCCCAAUCCUCCCUGGUGAUGUCACUGGGGAUGGAACCUUCUGCAUGCCACUGAGCUAUGGCCCUUCCUGUCAGGGUUUGGCUGGAUGACAAGCGGUGCAGGGGGCGGGGUCUUCAGACGAGGGACUCCCUAGAGAAGCCACAGAGGAAGAAGGCGCCGACUCAGGGGAGUGGUGGUGGGACACAGGAGGCAGAUCAGAGGAGGGAGGAAGCCGGGAGGUGGAAGAAACAGGCAGCUUGGGUGAACAAAGAGAGCCAGAGGCAGGAAUCCCUCCAAGGACAGGAAAAGGGACAUACAUUUUAAACUGCAUUUUAACCUGUAUUUUAUUUUAUUUUUUCUUAUUAUGUUUUCACUGAAAUUUUAUUGGUGUUAGCCGCCCUGAGCCCAGGGAGGGCAGGGUAUAAAUACAAUAUUAUUAUUAUUAAUAUUAUUAUUAUUAUUAUUAUUAUUAUUAUUAUGCUUCAAGCUCUGGAUCGGAAUAAGAGUUCAGGGAGGGGUCAGAAACUGCAAGAGCUUAUUCACAGCAGCUGCCCAGUCCCUCUGCCUUGAGCUCCCCUCACCCUUUGAUUCCAAGAUCACGCAGAGCGUUACACAUAGCCAAAUGGAGAGCUAGGAAAGCCCAAGGCAGGGGUUCCCUCCUCCUCCCCAACGGAGUUUGCAUCUGCUUGGGAGACGUCCGGAAGAGGAAAGCUAGGAAGAAGAAGAGGUGCAACAUUUUCAGUGAGGGCAGCCCUGCCUGAGUGAUCUCUGUUGCAUGCAAAUUUCCCGAAUGAAGCAGCUGACUUGACUUUGAGUCUCUCUCCUGACCUGUUGAUAAACCUGCUCCCCCUGACAGCCCCCUGACACUUGCCUUGUAAAGUGGGGAGCAGUUGACGGCGUUCUCCCAGGCGCCCUCUGUGACCGGGCUGAACAAUCCGGUUUGAGCUGCACUUUUGGGAAGAUGUCUCCCACAAGGGUUGUGCCCCUGUGGCCCAGGUGAAAUGGCUCUUUCUUUGGCACGGAGGAGCACCAGGGUCUGCAGGCAGCACCAUGUGGGCAGAGAAAUGGGUUGCUGAGAGAGCGCUUGUAAGCCUGAUGCCUGGGUAAUGGAUGCCUCUCUCCUUGUGCAGGCAGGAGCUACGACGAGAAGGUGGACGUGUUUUCCUUCGGCAUCAUCCUUUGCGAGGCAAGUAGGCUUGGCUGCACCGGCUGCUACUCCCAACUUUCCCAAACCAUGCCCUUUUUGCCUGCCGAUUUAAUCACUUGGAAUUUUAGCCAUGCACCUUUUUCUCUGAAGCGUGCGUGGCAUGGAGAGAGGGAAUAGAGAAAAGCUUUUUCCAGUUGACACUUGAACAUCCAAGGAAGCUGAAUAAUGAAAGGUUCAGGACUUUCAGAAACUAUUUGGAAGCCUUGCUGCCUCAAACUGUGGAAGCAGAGCAUAGCCAUCUUGGCUAGUGGCCAUUGCUAGCCCUCUCCUCCUCCAUGAAUGUAUUAAGCCCUCUUUUAAAGCCAUCCAACUUAUGGCCAUCACUGCCUCCUGUGGCAGGGAGUUCCACAGUUUAACUAGAAAGGCGUUUCUUUUAUCUGUCCUGAAUAUGGCUGCGAGUUCUAGUGUUAGGGUCCCUCUUACGCUGGGCUCUGGGUUCUAAUCCUUUUUUAAUUAAUUUUCCAAAUUUGUAACAGAAAUAACAUACAAAACACACUAAAGAAAACACAUUACAAUACAAAAAAGAAGAAGAAAAGACAAAUAAAAACACUUAUUACUUAUAACCUAAUUUAACUUUCAUUGUUAACUGACUUCCUCAGAUCCCCCCUAACUGAAUUUCAUUGUAUCACCUUGUAACAGAUCUCCAAAAUCAUAUUUCUUUUAAACUUAACUCCUUCAAUUUACUAUCCUCUUCUCUUUUAUUAGUAUUCUUAUCCUUAAUUCUUUACAAUCCAUUCUUAAUCUAGUCCUAAGCCUAUUUGAUACUUCCAAGUGAUUUCUAAUUAUCUUAAGUUACAAUAUUUGGCUAAAUAUUCUUUGAAUUUCUUCCAAUCUUCUUGGUAUUCCUCUUCCUUCUGGUCGCGGAUUCUUCCACUCAGGUUGGCCAGCUCCAAAAAGUCCAACAUCUUCACCUGCCAUUCUUCUACUGUUGGUAUCUCUUGCGAUUUCCAAUUUUUGUCUGGGUUCUAAUCCUGGAUGAGCCCCCAAUGCAGGGAGACACUUCUAACACCUCCUUCCUCUCCAUUGCACACAGAUCAUCGGGAGGGUCAGUGCGGACCCCGACUACCUGCCUCGGACCCUGGACUUCGGCCUGAAUGUGAGGGGCUUCUUGGACCGCUACUGCCCUCCCAACUGCCCCCCAAGCUUUUUCCCCAUUGCCGUCCGCUGCUGCGAUCUGGAUCACGAGAAACGGUGAGCGGCGGGGGGGGAGCAUGUAUGGGAAGUGGAUCUAGUGCUGGAAAGGGGGUCAGGAUGUUCUGAGCUGUCCCUCAGGGGUGGGCCCAUAGGAACUAAUUUGCAUAUGGUAAUUUAUAGCUAGCUGUAGGCUCACAUUUGGAAGUUAAAUGUCACAGGAGGCAGGGCAACCAUUUUCCCUGUCCAGAUCACACACAGAGACAUUAUUUGGUCCAGCCCCUAUUCCUAUUCCCAACAAACCCUAAAUAAAGUCCCCUUCAGUUACUCCCAUUUGUUAUCUCCAGAUAAACUCCUGCAUUGCCAGGGGUGGGAUUGAUGAUAAUUUGGUCCCCUUCCAACUCUAAAGUUUUUUGAUUCUGUGAUUCUUCUUCAAAUCAUUUAUUUCAGGGAUCCCCAACCUUCGGCCCUCCAGAUGUUUUGGACUACAGUUCCCAUCAUCCCUGACCACUGGUCCUGUUAGCUAGGGAUCAUGGGAGUUGUAGGCCAAAACAUCUGGAGGGCCGCAGGUUGGAGAUGCCUGGUUUAUUUUCUCAGAUCACGACCCAUUCACUCCCCACCAACAAAUGUAUGUACUGACCCAGAAACAAUCAGGCCCCUUAGAGAAAUAUUGGAGGGCUGUGUCUCUUGGGCUCACCCCUUGCAACACCCCAAUCAAAAAAAUGAGGGGGCAGUGCCUCCUGGCCCCUCUUGCAACACCCCCUAAACCCACAGGUCCCUGAGAUGAAUGGGGGGUGGGCUAUGUCUCCUGGGCCCUACCCCUUGCAGCACCCCUGUCAGUAGGCUCUUCUUACGAUAUUGUUGAGCCUCCAUGCACAGGAGCAGCCUACCUGCAAGAGUGAAUCCUCAUGUCCUCCUUGCUCUUCCUCCAGGCCUUCCUUCAGCCGGUUGGAGCAGUGGCUAGAAGCCCUCCGGAUGCACCUGGCCAUACAGCUGCCCCUCAUCUCCCAGCUGGAGCAGCUGGAGCGGGACUUCUGGGAGACGCAGCGGCAGGCUGAGGGCGGGCUCCCCGCGCACCCCGAGGUCUCAGAAUGAGCACCGGGGGGCUGGAAGACGCCUCCCAUCCUGCUGGGCCAUCCUGCAAGCUCCCUGCGUCCGCCCCCUUUCCCCCCCACCAUGCCCGCCAGAGCCGGUCUCUGGGUCCAAAGAGGCCACGUCCAUCCGUGGCACCCUGCGUGGCUGGGAGCUGGUUCUCCCUGCUUCUUUCCCUGGGGGUGGGAUGGGUGGGAUCUGUGCCUGGCAUGCACAGUUGUCGGAGGUGCACCUUGAAGCUCUUGUAAAUACCCUUGUCUAUGGAGAGGCACCUGGACAAAAACCCUGCAAGGGAAAGGGGGGCGCCCCCUUACCCCACACUACCCCCAACUUCUGCCUAGCACGCUUUGUGGCUGCGAAAAGUCUUGGAACACCCCACUGAGCACGUUCCUUCCUGUUACCGGCUGGCUAUUGCUCCACAAGCUAGCGUUGUGUGUGUGCGUGUGUGGUUUUCUUUUGGGGGUGGAGAAUCUCUGGGGUGCCUCAUUCCAGCACCCCGCAAACAGGCUCUCUUCGCUCCCUGCCUUGGGCAGAGUCUCCCACUCCUGCAAAGCGGUGCCUUCAGGUUUUCGUCGUCCCCUGGUUCUCUGCCUGCCCCCUUCAUUUGUUCUCUGUAUGUGGGUCACUUUCGCAGGGACGCAGGACUCGCACCUGUGACACGCAACAUUCAAGGCAUGGCCUGUGCGCUGCCCAGAGUCCAUGUGGUGUCCGUAUCUCUCUGUGCCCAGAUGUGUGUGUCUGUCUGUCUCUCUGUCCGUACCCCCUUAGACAGUCUCCUAACCCUGCUGGUGGAGGACCUGUUGUCGCCUCUUAGUUGUGGGUAUUUGGAGAGAAGUGCUCUCGGUGUGCAUUGUGGGGUGGCAUGAUGCGCUUGACCCCUCCCCUCCAGCCGCUUCUCUGCUCUGCCUCGCCCUUCCAUGCCAAGCUGCUGUUCUGCUGGUGGGGAUUCCGUCGUGCUGCGAGGAGUUAUUUGCGACAUCGGCCCCUCCUCUUUUUCCCACGGAGAGCUUUGGGCACACAGGCUUGCAUCCUCCGGAAAUGCUUCCCAGGUCUGAGGAGGACCCCUACAGCUUAGGAGUGGAGCAGAGCUGGGCCCGGAGGAGGCUGAGCUGGCACCAUCGGGCAUCUCUUGAGAGCCCACACUCUUGCAAGGGGCCCACUGCUAGGCCUCAAGGCCUCCUUGUCUGCUGCUUCUCCUUUCUUUUAGCAGCACCUUGGAGAAGAUGGAGAAGAAUCAUAGAAUUGCAAUUUAGCUGUGACUUCUCCCAACUCUACCAUUCUAGGAGUCGAUAAGCGGCAAAAAUAUGCAUACAGUGGUACCUUGGUUCUCGAACUUAAUGCAUUCCAGGAGUCCAUUCGACUCUCAAAACUGUUCGAAAACCAAGGCGCAGCUUCUGAUUGGCUGAAGGAGCUUCCUGCACUCAAUUGGAAGCCGCAUCGGAUGUUCAGCUUCUGAAAAACAUUCACAAACUGGAACACUUACUUCCGGGUUUGCGGCGUUCAGGGGCCGAUUUGUUCAACAACUAAGCCAUUUGGGAACCAAGGUACCACUGUACUAGGAAAAAAGGUAUAAAAAAAGCAUAUUAUGAGAUAUUCGGACUAAGAUGCUGGUGAAUUUUCACGAAAAAACUAUUUACAAACUGGCAUUGUCACUGAGUCGCUCGCUGCCUCUGGGCUCCACUUGGAUCAUUCUUGAGCCUGUCUUUGUGGCCUCCCUUCCAUGGUUGACCUGACUGGGUCCCUUCCUGCAACAUCUGGGAGGAAGGCAAGCUUGUGAGAGUGUGGGGCCUCAGAGCCAGGGUGACCCAGGGCUGUGCCCCCCUCUGCCGUGGGGAUCUCCUUCAAACGAACUGGGAAGCGUUGCAUUUCCACGGGGCCCAUGCAGAGUGCACCCCUUGUGUCCCAAGUCAAUCCUGAUCUCCCAUUUGGGGCUCCUGAGCCCCUUGCUGCUAUCUUUGUUCUCUGGACCACUCCACCCCCAUUCUGUUGUUUGUGAAGGGGCCUGGGCCAGCCACCUCCAGCCCCGCCCCACCCUACUUUUGCCAGCUAAUGGGGCUGGUCGGAUCCUGGCCUCUUGUCUUGCAAUGAUUUCUCCAUGCCACGCCAUCCCUCUAGGUGCUUUUAAACUCCCUGGUUGCUGAAGAGUUAGGCCCAGCAUCUCAAGGAGUUUUUCCACGCUGGGGGGGGAUCUUCCACACCGCCGUCUGCAUUUUGGGGAGGGGUGCUUCUGUGCGGUACGUCUGAGGCCCCCUCCUCCCCCCUCCCCCCACUACAUUCAGGUUAUUUUUUCUGUAACAUAGUUGAAGAGAAGAGUUUGUAUUAUUUUUUCAUAUACAGCUGCCCUUGGCGCUUUUUGGAGUUUUGCCAUGUUUUCACUCUGCCUCAGUUUCGCCUACGGGGAAGUAUUACUUUGGGGAGUCAUUGGGUGGGUGGGGAAGAAAGAGCACGCGAGAUUUGAUUUUUUUUUAAAUAGACUGUGAAGCAUCUGUACGCACUUUGACCCGGAAGUGAACCUAGAUGCCAUCUCCGGAGGGGAGGCGGAGGAUUUGCAAAACAGGGAUGUGAAUUAAAUCACGUGGAAUUAAUAAAAAAGAUAUUUCCACCCCA